CAGAACCUCAUCGGCUUCAUCUUCUAUAUUUAUUGGCAGUUCAUCCAGUGCGUUGUCGCUGUCAGCCAGUCACAAACGACAAUAAAAAUAUAUCGUUAGUUUUGUUUUCUGUUUGUGGCGAUUUUAAAUCUGUUAACCAGAUCUUCAUGGGCCGGCAAUAUGGACGAAAUAGCUGAAAUGAAAUUAUUCCUACAGCGUCCGGAUGGCACACCACCGAAAGAGAAGGAUAGACCCCAAAAACAUCGUAAAUGGAAAGAAUGGCUGUCCAUUGGAUACCUGUUGCAUGGACCAGGGACAAAAUGCAAACUGCUCAAGAGCUCUUGUCCAGAAUACAGCAAACGGGACUUCAAAUUCCAAAAGGCUUUUGCGCUGGCAGAUGGUGGUGAUGUAGAAGGUUUGGAACAGCUUCUGAGCGCGUAUCCAGAUUACAUCAACAUCAGAGAUGAGAAUUCUAAGACACUUAUGCAUCAUGCUGCGGAACAUGGCCAUGAACUGAUAAUCGACAUGCUGGUUGGAAAAGGAUGCACCGGUAUUCGUGCACCUGAUAAUGAAGGCAACACGCCGUUGCACAUUGCUGCCAUGUUCGAUAAGAUAUCUUGCACAAAAACCCUUAUCGCCAUAUGGCGAUCAAGCGGGAAUGGAAAAAUUGGAUUCUGUGUCAGGAAUGAAUCGAUGGAGACUCCCAUGCAUUUUGCAGUGCGGCACGGAAGCGCCGGCUCCCUUGAGUGUUUGUUGAGCACCUGUAAUGGCGGCGUUAGCUCGCCGGGAUGGCACGGGGAAACUCCACUUCAUGUGGCAUCAUGUAUGAACAAUGUGGAGUGCGCAAAGAUCCUGAUCAAAUACGGCGCUGAUCCGUUGAAGGCAUGCUUCAGCGGCAUGAAGCCCAUCCAUGUGGCCGCACGCAGGGCUUCGGUGGAUUUGUUGCGGUUUUUCCUUACGGAUUCUGGGACCUCCAAAGAGGUACUGCUAGCACUGGUGGACGACGAGGACCAGACGCCGUUGCACUGGGCUGUGAAUAAUGGAGAUUUGGAAACUGUUGAUCUUCUCAUGCAGCAUGGAGCUAAACUGGACACAAAAAUGUACGACCAGUCAACGCCAUUGCACUUGGCAUGCUCUCAAGGACUGAUAUGCGUUGUCUGCAACAUGUACGAUGUGGUACGUCAUGAGUUCAUGGCGAUUGUCAGCGAGAAGGACGCCCAGGGGAUGACUUGUCUCCAUCGAGCCACCAUGUUCAAUCAUACUUGCGUCGUCAUAUUUCUACUGGAGAAGGGCGUAUCCAUGAACGAAACGGACAACGAAGGACGUACAGCCUUGAUUCUGGCCGCAUCAAGGGCAUCUUGGGACUGUCAAGACGCAUUGUUACGCGCGGGUGCUGAUGCAGUGCUGACUGAUCAUUACGGUCGAAAUUUCCUGCAUUACUUGAUAGCCAACGGGAACUCUCCAGAAAUCUGUCAGGAGAGUUUGGGAUUGCUGCAAACAGGUUUAUUGAAUCAAACGGAUACAGCCGGUUGUACGCCACUACAUUAUGCAGCACAAAAUGGAUCCUUGCGUUCCAGCGCCGGUUUGGUCCGACUGGGCGCAUGUGUCUGCAUCAAAGAUAAACAGUCACAGUCACCUUUGCAUUUCGCUGCCCGCUACGGACGUUAUAAUACCGCAAAGCGUCUGCUGGAAACCGCAAAGGGGUACAAUCUGAUCAACGAUGCCGAUAAAAAUAGCAUGACGGCUCUGCAUCUGGCAGCUGAAAACGGACAUUCCAGAGUUGUGCAGCUAUUAAUGAGCAAGGGUGCGAUAAUCCACAGAGAUUAUUCCGGGAAAACCCCAUUACAUUUGGCUGCGGCUAGUAAUUACCGUGAAACGGUAGAUGUAAUUGUGGUGCAUUACGCCCAUCUAAUUGAUAGCGUGGACAAAGAAGGCAAUACGGCUUUGCAUUUGGCUGCUGCCAACAAUGCCGUAACAACCGUGACCUAUCUGCUUACGGCGGGGGCAGCGCUGGUGCAGAACAGCAACAAGCAGCUUCCCGUGGAUAUUGUCAUCCAGCGUAAGCACCGUGAUACCGCCAACGCUAUGGUGCAACAUGAACGGUGGGAAGAAAUCUUUUCAAAGUGUUCAGCAAUAUAUACUUGCCCGGUGUUGGGAUUGAUAGAGCAUCUGCCGGAAGUUAUGGCAGCCGCUUUGGAUCGCUGUGUUGUUGGAGCACCGUGCCAUCCUUUAGCAAAAAAUUAUUUUUUACACUUUGACUACAAAUUUCUGGAGCCGCAUGAUAAACCAUUGAUAACUGGGCCAGAGGAUUCAUUCACAGACGUAACCGAACCUCUGAUAGCUAUGAACACGAUGGUGCGACACGCUCGGAGUGAACUGCUUUCUCACCCCGUUUGCAGCAGCUACCUUAACAAAAAAUGGGCAUCUUAUGGAGUUUAUUUCCACGGCAUCCACGUUGCGGUGUAUUCAAUAUUUUUGGCGUUUUUGACAUAUCUGGUGUGUGCGGGGGUGAAGGAGUCGCUGGUGCCCACUUUGAAGGGAGAAAGCGUAAAGAAUUUGCAGUUCUACGCUCCCGAUCAUAACGAGACUACGGAUGAUGGAUGGACAAUGCCGGGGAAUGAGGAUACACUCCCGAAAAACUCGUUUUACGGUUGUGCGGCUGUGGCCGUUGCCAUCUUUACAAUCGCUAAUAUUGUCAAAGAAGUCUAUCAGAUGGUGCAGCAGCAGCAGCGGUAUUUUAAGGAGCUCGUAAACUAUCUGGAAUGGAUCCUGUACAUCACUACAACUUUAUUUGCGUUGGCUUACUACGACACAACCGGUGUUUAUAUCUCCUGGAAGGCACGAUGGCAACUGGGAGCUUGUGCCAUAUUUUUCGGCUGGUUUAAUUUCAUGCUGUAUUUGCAACGGUUUGGAUUGAUGGGAAUUUACGUCGUCAUGUUCUUAGGCAUUUUGAAAACCUUAUUACGAGCGUUGUUCGUGUUCAUAUUUGUCAUCAUCGCGUUCGCCUUGGCAUUCCAUGUCUUGCUUCCGUUGAUGGUAUAUCCAGACCAAGCCGGAUUUUAUCAGCAGUUCGCCGGAAUCCGCUCGGAUCAGUUAGAAAAUUUAAAGACGCCACAUUUUGGACUUUUCAGUUCUCUGCUGCGAAUUACUGGCAUGAUGCUUGGGGAUUUGGAUGUUAUUCAUAACUACAUUUAUCCCAUGUCGAAUGGCGCACUGCCAUUUCCACAAAUGACCUCAGUGUUUCUUGUACUGUUUGUUAUUAUUGUAUCAAUUUUGUUGAUGAACCUACUGAUUGGUCUGGCUGUGGGCGAUAUUGAAGACAUUCAGCGCAGCGCUACCCUGCGUCGCAUCGGUAUGCAGGUGGAACUGCACACAAUUCUGGAACGGAAAUUUCCUCGUUGGUUUCUUCGUCGCGUUCGCUUCCGCGACGAUAAAUACUAUCCGAAUCGGUCCGCUGGAUUUUUCCGCAAGAUCUGGUUUAUCACAAAAGACCCCGCUGAGGCGCUGCGCGAUCAGAACACCUGUUCGGAAUACACCUUCCUACCUGGCAGAAUCUGUGCGGAGAUGCAAAAGCAACAAACCCGAAUGCGGGACUUCCAGGGGAAGAUGGAUCAGCAGCAUGACCUUUUACGACUAAUUGUGCAGAAAAUGCAAAUCCACGAUGAAGCCGACGAGCUGGACGAAGGUACACAGCCCAAUAAAUGCGGCCGGAAUAAACAACACAGUACAUUGUCCACCACAAAGCGAGCGAAAUGGGUAGCGGGAAGUGUCCAGGCUAAAACCAGAGCACUUGCUGCAUUUGUAAACCACAACUCUACUUAAGAAUGAUGCGAUUCUGCCAGCAUGAUGAAAGAAAUCAGAACAGUUUAUUAGAAAUUUUUAUUUAUUGUGCUACUUUGUUUACAAAUAUUUGUAUGGCAUAUACCUUGCACACGCAGUAAUUUUAGUAUUCAAAUGCUGAAUGCGGAUGUUCUAAUUUAUUGUUUAAAAUUACUUCAAUAGAUGUUUCAAAUAGUUGCUGUUUUAAAAGUUCUUUUUGGUCCUGUAAGAUAGUACACGCGGUACCUUCCUGAGUAUGGUUAUUUCUUGCUAAUGAUAACUUUACAUUUUACAGUAUUAUUGGGUGUACAUUACAUUUAUCGAUUUUUUAUGUGUAGACCGCAUCUGGGGUUAAGGUAUGUUAGAAAAAUAUAUCGACC